AUGCCCCAAAACGAAUGCGCUCUCCUCCGUCUCUCAACGGAGCUCAUUUUCCAGAUCCUAGAGUAUGGCCCUCCAUCAGCAUAUCUUGAUGUGGCACUCACUUGCACCGCCCUACACCACCAGUGCCGGAAGCUCUUAGAUCUUCACCGUGAAGCCGAUGCCAAAUACAGAAUCAUAUCGGACCUGUGUCCGGAAACUGUGGUUAAUCUCCUCAAAGAUACAAAGAUUGCCAGAAUCGAGAGAUGGCAUGUUUGUGAGCUGGAGAUCUGGGGAAGCCGAAAGGAUUGGGAGGAUUGGCGACCAUGGGUUCCAAAAUUUCCCAGAACUUGCGGCCUUUCCGAUGAUCCCCCUAUAAGGCAUGGGCUGGAUUUGCAGGACAUACAGCGAUACAUCCGCACUGCACUGGAAUUAUGGACCUUUCCGGAAUUCGAAUGGUAUAGCGGAUGGGAAUUCGACUCUGAGGCAGUCCAACGUGAUUUAGAGGCUGGCCAGGAUGGGUUCCUCAAACUCCUUCUCAUUGCAACAUGUCCCCGUCUUCACAGUCUCCGAUUCGCCAAAAGAGGGCUAGAUCCUCACACAACUCUCGAGUGGAUGGCAUAUGUCAUCAACAAGGAUAGCAAUUUUACAUGUAACUGGCCACAAGGCUUUAAGUCCUUGAAAAAUAUCGCAGUUGGUAUCGAAUCAGAUCAGCGUCGGUUGAACGACGAAAGUGUCCAUCGCGAUUUCGGCGACUUUGUAGCGCUUCUAUACCUCCCAAACCUCGAAAGCCUGUACUUCAACGAUCUACAUUACGAUCACGAUAAAGAGAUCAACCUCCAAUACUUCACUAUCAGUGGUGGCUAUGACUUUCCAUGGGGAAUUUCGAGCGUCAAGCAUCUCUUUAUAGAUGGCGCUUCAGGCUUCUCUCCCCAGAUUUACAAAGGCAUAGCACAUGUAUCACGGAAUUUGGAAACGCUAGUUUUGAGGGUCGGCACUGAAUACGGGCAAGAUCUUGACGACGUGGACACAUUUGUAAGCCGUCUUGCGGUUGACAAUACGACAAAUCUACAGAAACUCAUCAUCUACAACCCCGACGGUAUGCAUGGAUAUCGAUGCACCAACUAUACACCCAAGGAACUUGACGGACUCGAGAACCUGAAACUAUUCACAGUUGCAGCGUCUGAUAUCGAGCUAGAUGCGCUUCACCAGCUGUACAAGCGUCCAAACGCAGAGAAACUUGCAGAUCAUGUCUCCGAGGCCUUUCCUUCAAGCACCGAAGCCAUUUAUAUUUGGGGAUCAUCGGACGUGUACGUGGAUGACUCGAGGCCUAGCGGCAUACCAUCAGAUACCCUCGACUCAGCACUUGCAUCACUUAUUGAAUCUGGCGUCUAUGAGAGCCUGACGGUUAUAUACCUUGCGGACGUCGAGAAACGACAUGCCCAGAAUGAUACAGAUGUCGCUCUUGGAAGACCUAUCGACGCAGGUCUAAAGGAACGGAUUCUGCAGAAGUCUGUUGCUGCAGGACUCAAGACUGGUGUGCAUGUGUGCACGCUGAUGAAUAGAGAGGAUGGUGGUUAUUGGAAGAAAUUCCCUGCCAAGCCGGAUAGUUGUGAUCUCAGUGACGUCCAAGAUGAUAUCAACGGCCAACGAUCAAUACCUUGCCUGGACUCGGAUUCAGCUGAACAAGCAUUAGUAUCAGCCCAUUACAAAUCCGUCGCCGCAACUCACCAUCCUAGCCUCCUUCACGAUUCUCAGGGCCGCGCGUAUGACGCGUCUCUCACCAGCCUCAAUUGCCUAACAGAUGUUCUCUUCUCCUCUCUGAUGUCUUCUUAUGGCCACGAUAAACUACAUCAAUCACUCCCCCUCAUACCCCAUCGCCCUCUUCCACCAACCCCCCAAGCCCCUCUCGUCCAUGACCCUCCCAAACUCCCUCACCGACUCGGUCUCAUCAAACCCUGA